AUGACUUUUGGGAGGGCUCAACUCGGUUGCUUGUUUUCUUUUUUUUACUCCCUUUUUUGUCUCUUCCCGCUCCGACAGGUGGAAACGAAUACCAAAAGGCAGAAGGAGCCGCCCCUUACUGAAGUAGAGGAUAACACAAGAACAACAACAAACAAGCAGAAAGAUAGAUUCAACAUGCUUCGUCGAGUUUUCCCUGUGAGUCGUGCUGCCGUGCGAGGCCCAACGCUGGCGCUGACUGCCGCGCUGCGUCACGGCCAUCACGCGCAGACGCAGCAUGACUUCUCGGGGUGUUUUUUGCGAAAAUUGACAAGAGAGGAGGAGGAAUCGCUGAGAGUCCUGCAAGAUAAUCGUCCCGUCUCUGCUGUGGUGCCAGGCAAGUUAUUUAUGCGGCAUUGGAUAGCCGCCGAGCAGUCGACCGUAUCGGUAGUGAACCGUGUCAUGUCUGGUAUCAUCUCUGUGUGCCUGAUGCUUUGGAGCUGCGGCUACGCGACGCUGGGCUACAACGGCCACAACUGUGCUCAUGUUGCGGGCUGGAUUUUCAUUGCGUUCUGGUUGGUUCUCCACACCCACUGCAUGGCGAUGAUUCCCCUCUUUUCGCUCAUUGCCCUGAUGCAGUUGGUGCUGAACUAA